CUCUCCCUCAGCACCAGGCUCCUACAUGCUGUGCCGGCUGCCCUUUGAAACAGGACAGAGGGGGCGGGGGGUGGACCGGCAGGACCGGUUUUCCUCUGAUGGGCAGAACCUGUCGGACCAGUUGUCUGAGCCAGCCAAGCGCUGGUAUGAUCCCAGGUCCCGCUGUAUGUGCGAACCUGCCCUGCCAGUCAGAUGGAACACAGUGGCGUAUGGGUUCAGAGGUAUGCAGGGUGAAUGUAGGACCACACAGCCUGGUGUCCUCAACAGUAUCUCUGGAUUUCUUUUCCAUCUCAUUUGACUCCACUAACCCAGAGUUGCCGGAGAUGAUGAGCAGCCAUGACCUAUGCGGGGGCAGCCCUGGCGGCAGCAGUGUGCUCUCCGACUCUGGCGCUGCUGAUUUGUUUCACGAGCUGUGGGGCCGUCUGAGGGAGUGCCACGACAGCGCACUGCAAGGUCUGCAGGCAAAAGUGACCAAACUGAAGAAAGAGCGAUGCCUAGAUGCCCAGAGACUGGAGGAGUUCUACAACAAGAACCAGUUGCUGAGGGAACAGCAGAAGGUGCUGCAGGACAAUGUCAAAGUCCUGGAGGACAGGUUGCGUGCGGGGCUGUGUGAUCGCUGUGCCGUGACGGAGAAACAUAUGAAGAAGAAGCAGUUGGAAUUUGGGACCAUCUGCAAAGAGAACCAGCUGCUCAUCUCCGAUCUUCGAGCGGAGAGAGACUCCCUUCAGGAAGAGAACAAGAGGCUUAAUCUCCAGUUAGAGCGUCUACAAGAAUGCAGCUCUCCUCAAGCUGUCUCCUCAGAGGCAGAGGAUGGUAUGAUCCCUGACUCUCCUCUGCACUCGGUCUCCCUGUCCGCCGUCAGCAAGAUGAAGAGGAGGAAGGAGCACAGCCAUGUCCGCUACGCAGAGCAGCCUCUCUCACAGUCCACUAAAGGAUUGUCUUCCUCACUGCCUUCCCGUUGCUAUGGCAAAGGUAUCCUGGUGCCUGAUACCUGUGAGAUGGAUGUGAACCCAAUAACAAAACUGGGUUCAGUAGGCAAUGGCAGGGUAGUGGUUGCAGAAACCUGUCAUCUUGACAUACCUGAAGAGGACUCUCAAAGUGUGCUCGACUCAGUUGCUGGCUCAAGCGCUGCACCGAACGCGUCCCCAGAUGAAAACAAAAAGCCUUCAAACCUAAUCAAAGCAGACACCAGCUCCCCUUCCCUCCUGCGAAGGAUCUCUACCUCCCCCACCACCUGCACCGCCCGCAAGCAGCAGCUGCCCCCCGCAUCGCCCCUCUCCAAGCCCCCCGCAACCUCCCCUCAGACGGCCAAAAGGAAGCCCACGAGCCUUAGCAGCGAGGAGGAGGAAGAGGGCGCUGACCGACCCCUGGAUCUGUCCCCAGAGGAGAGACUGGAGAAGAGGCCUCGCCUGGCCCCCCAGCCAAAGGCCCCCAGCAGGACAACACGGCCGGAGGAGUCGCAAGAUGAAGACGCGCUCUUCAAACAGCCCACCAUACAGGCUCCUGUGAGGAAGAAAAUCCGAGAAGCACUGCUAGACUCAGAGCAGACCUCCGUCCUCCAGCCGAACCCCUGCGCACGUGUUAAGAGCCCUCUGCAGGAGACAACAGAGCAAAGUUGGAGUCUAGACCCAGGAGCUGCUCUCUCUCAGUACCAUGGCGACAGCCCUCCUCUACCAGAGACCAGAGCAGAACCAGACACUGUGGACACAGACUGCACCUUCCUGAGCCACAGUAUGCUUAUACGGGCCAGAAAUGGGCAUAACGAAUCAGGGAUUGGUCUGAGGGCUAAUGACAGCCUGGCUGAGAUCUUUGAUAGAACGGCAUAUGGGGAGUAUGAGUCGUGUCCACGGGACAUCAACUUUGAGGAGGAGGACAAGGAGGGCUAUGAGGACAAGCAUGAUGAAGAUGAGGGAGCAGAAGAGGAUGAGGAGGAGAAACCUGGACAUGAAAAGGCCUGUGAUCCUGUAACUACCGCUGCUAGGAAAGUCAAAGGAACUCCAAAGAAAAGUGGGGAGCCUGGUUACGCUUAUGUGGAUGUGGUGCGCAAACGAGAUGAGAGGAGAAAACUGAAGGGGCAUACCUGUAAGGAGUGUGAAAUAUACUAUGCUGAUCUUCCAGAAGAGGAACGAGAAAAGAAGUUGGCCUCCUGCUCCCGCCACAGAUUUCGCUACAUUCCACCCUCAACUCCAGAGAACUUUUGGGAGGUUGGGUUCCCAUCAACUCAGACAUGCGUGGAGAGAGGUUACAUCAAGGAGGACAAAGAGCCUGACCUGCGCCUGAGGAGAAGACGGCCUUAUGUCGCCAUGUUCUCUCCAAAGGCCAAGGACUGAAGUUGGUGGAAAACAAUGAGGUCUUGGUUCAGUCACAACAUACUUUCUGACCCUAUCUGUACAUUUUCUUGUUUAGAUUGCACUUUCAUCACAUUUUGUCUGAUUGUAGAUUGAUACUGUUGAUUUUGAUACUUAAUUGUAAUAAAUAUUUACUUAACCAAG